GCUUUCUUAUAAAUUGAAGGCUAAUACAGCUUAGGAGGUUGGGGAUUGAUUUUUUGUUCUUGCCACUUUGUAGUUUGAGAUUCUCCUUUUGUUCUUUGAAACCCCAAACUUAGCACCAAAACUUUUAGUUUAGAAGUGGAAUCAAAAUAAGAAUUCAUCCGGUUCUUCUCUUUGAUGUGUUAUUCGUGCCAAGCAGCAGUUGUUGGAAAUGGUUGGGUGAUUUAACUUAUUCAUAAUAACAGUGCUAUCGGUUAAAUACGGAGGUACUUUAUCAGAAAGGUUUUGCAGUGCUCCGUUGUUGUCUUUUGACUCGUAGGAUUAAAUAAAAGAAACUUCUGCAAUGCAAACGUCUCAGAAACAUAAAAUUACAGGCAAGUGCAUUGACUGGCCCGUGCAAGAGCUGGAGUCCUAUUGUUGGCCUCCCAACCAGAGCUUAGAGCCAUACCAGUCAGGUUCUGAUGAUGGCAGCAAUAGUGUGCAACAUUCAGUUCCUAACCUGGAGCGAUACUGCACCCUUGAUUCAUCGUCCAGUAUGCAGAAUUCUUCUUCGACAGCCAGUUUUUCACCCGAUGGCAGUCCUGUUUCGCAGCAAAACUACACUUACCCAUUGGACCUUCAUUCCCCGGAAAAUACGUGUGCUUCACCAAUAAGUGGUUCUUGUGUAAUAGACAAUGAAAAUGACUUGGGGCUUAUGAUAAGACAACUGGAAACUGCUAUGCUAGGCAUCGAUUCAGGUGAUCUUGACCUUCAUGCAAUAGCAGCUUCUGGCAGAGCCACUAAAGUUUCCGUAGAAGCGGAGAGGUGGAAAUACAUGAAAGAGAUGAUCGCCAGAGGGGACCUGAAAGAACUGCUUUGUACUUGUGCCAAAGCUAUAGAAAGUAACGAUAUGUAUAUGACUGACUGUUUGAUUGCGCAAUUACGUCAAAUGGUGUCAGUUUCGGGUGAACCAAUGCAACGACUAGGAGCCUACUUGUUGGAAGGGCUUGUUGCACGGUUGGCUUCUUCAGGAAGUUCUAUUUACAAAGCCCUAAGAUGCAAAGAGCCUGCCAGUCCUGAACUGCUUUCAUACAUGCACAUCCUCUAUGAAAUCUGCCCGUAUUUCAAGUUUGGCUAUAUGUCAGCAAACGGGGCAAUUGCUGAAGCCAUGAAAGAAGAAAGUAGAGUCCAUAUAAUUGAUUUUCAGAUUGCCCAAGGAAGCCAAUGGUUGACCCUAAUCAAUGCUCUUGCUGGUCGAUCCAGAGGACCUCCAAGCAUCCGUAUAACAGGCAUUGAUGACCCUACAUCAGCUUUUGCCAGAGGAGGAGGACUUGAAAUAGUGGGGCAGAGACUACGCAAACUUGCUGAGUCAUGUAAGGUACCCUUUGAGUUCCAUGCUGCUGCUAUUUCUGGCACUGAGGUUCAACUUGAAAACCUUGGUAUUCAACCUGGUGAAGCCAUUGCUGUAAAUUUUGCCAUGAUGCUGCAUCACAUGCCAGAUGAAAGUGUGGACACUCAGAACCAUCGGGACAGACUGUUGAGGUUGGCCAAGAGUUUGUCCCCAAAGGUGGUGACGCUCGUUGAGCAUGAAGCAAAUACAAAUACCGCCCCCUUCAUUCCCCGUUUCCUAGAGACAAUGGGUUAUUUUUCGUCUAUCUUUGAAUCGAUUGAUGUUAGCCUGCCAAGAGAACACAAGGAGCGAAUCAACGUUGAACAGCACUGUCUGGCCCGGGAGAUUGUCAACAUUAUAGCAUGUGAAGGGCAAGAGAGAGUGGAACGUUAUGAACUUUUUGGGAAAUGGAGAUCAAGGUUUAUUAUGGCUGGCUUUACACCCUCUCCAUUAAGUCCAUUUGUAAAUGCUACCAUCAAAACUCUGCUGCAAAGCUAUUGCGAUAAGUAUACUCUUGAAGAGAGAGAUGGCGUUCUUUAUCUCGGCUGGAUGGAUCGAGCUAUAAUUGCUUCUUGUGCAUGGAGAUGUUAACCGAAGGAUAGCUGUUCUUUACAUUUCAUCUUUGGCAUACUCAGGAUUAGCACUUAAUUUGAUGAGAAUGUCCUUUUCAGGGAUGUAAUGAAAACAAGUCCUUUGUACAACUAAAUGUUAGUCAUAAAUUCUAGUGGUUAACUGUUGCAGCUUGUCUUGCA